UCAAUUUUUUGUAGAGUAAAAUAUCUUAAUUUUAAGUCUCAUGUGAAGCCUCUUCUUUUAAUUCACAAAAAGUAAAGACAUCUUCCCUAGCCCGUUAAGAUUGAAAAGUGGAAAUAGCCAUUCAGACUACAAGGUGCUGCAUCAUCAUUUUCUAUCAAUCAAUUUAAAGGAAUGUCUUAAUGCGACUUUAUAUGGCAUUGGCAGCUUCCCCGAUAGAAGAAACAUGGCUGUGGCAGUCAGGCCUUACAUCAGAAGAUUAUGUGCAGCCUCAAGCUCUACUUGUACUGACUACAGAGACCUCUCUGUCGCAUAUUCUGUACCCAACAACUUAUCCCACAAAACGCAGCCCUCCAAUCUCAUAAACAUGCUCGAAAUUAACUCCAAGUUGAAGGCGCUAGUUAAAACCGGUUGCUUACAAGACGCUCGCCAAAUGUUUGAUGAAAUGCCUCAUAGAGACGAGAUUUCAUGGACCACAAUCAUAUCUGGUUAUGUCAAUGCCAUUGACACCACCGAGGCCUUAACAUUGUUUUCGAAAAUGUGGGUUGUGCCUGGGCUUCGCAUGGACCCCUUUAUACUCAGCCUCGCACUCAAAAUUUGUGGACUGAGUUUGAAUGAGAGUUAUGGUGAAUCGUUGCAUGGCUAUUCUGUAAAAACUGAUUUUGUUGACUCGGUUUUUGUAGGAAGUGCCCUUGUGGACAUGUACAUGAAAUUUGAUAAAAUUCAACAAGGUUGCCAAAUCUUCCAUGCGAUGCCUAUAAGAAAUGUAGUGUCGUGGACUGCUAUUAUAACCGGGUUUGUUCAUGCUGGUUAUAGCAAGGAAGGGUUGGUAUACUUCUCUCAAAUGUGGAGAUCGAAGGUGGUGUGUGAUUCAUAUACAUUUGCUAUUGCAUUAAAGGCAUGUGCUAAUUUGGGAGCUCUGGAUCAUGGGAGACAGAUUCAUUGUCAGGCAUUGAAGAGAAGCCUUGAAGCUAGCUCGUUUGUCGCUAACACUCUUGCUACCAUGUACAAUAAAUGUGGGAAGUUAGACUACGGUUCACGUUUGUUCGAAAAGAUGACCAUAAGGAAUGUGGUUUCAUGGACAAUGAUUAUAACAACAUAUACUCAGUCGGGUCAAGAGGAAAAUGCUCUUAGAGCAUUUAUAAGAAUGCAAGAAAUAGGUGUGAGUCCAAACGAUUUCACUUUUGCAGCAGUCAUUUCUGGUUGUGCCAAUCUUGGUAAAACUGAAUGGGGUGAACAAUUACAUGGCCAUAUGCUAUGUUUGGGUCUCAUGACCUUUUUGUCAGUGGCCAAUUCCGUCAUUACUCUGUAUUCAAAAUGUGGACAACUAAAGUCAGCUUCAAUGGUGUUCAAAGAAUUGACUAGAAGAGAUGUUGUUUCAUGGAGCACAAUAAUCGCAGGAUAUUCUCAAGGAGGAUGUGCGGAAGAAGCAUUUGAAUAUCUAUCAAGGAUGAGAAGGGAAGGACCAAAACCAAAUGAGUUUACUCUUGCUAGUGUACUGAGUGUAUGUGGCAACAUGGCAAUUCUUGAGCAAGGGAAGCAACUACAUGCCCAUGCCUUGCAUGUUGGGUUAGAACAAACUGCUAUGAUUCAAAGUGCAUUAAUCAAUAUGUAUUCAAAAUGUGGGAGCAUAAAGGAAGCUUCAAAAAUCUUUGGUGAGGCUGAAAAUAAUGAUAUCGUGUCAUGGACAGCCAUGAUUAAUGGAUAUGCUGAACAUGGAUGUAGACAGGAAGCUAUUGAUUUGUUUGAGAAGAUUCCCCGUAUUGGUUUGAAACCAGACCCUGUGACUUUUAUUGGUGUGCUCACUGCUUGUAGCCAUGCUGGACUAGUUGAUCUUGGUUUCCACUACUUCAAUUCCAUGAGUAAGGUAUACAAGAUAUAUCCUUCAAAAGAGCACUACGGCUGCAUGAUUGAUCUCCUUUGCCGAGCAGGACGACUGAAUGAUGCAGAGAGUAUGAUCAAAAGCAUGCCAUUUCAACAGGAUGAUGUUGUCUGGUCAACUCUGCUUAGAGCGUGCAGGGUUCACGGUGAUAUUGAUUGCGGAAGACGUACUGCAGAGGAGAUACUUAAAGUAGAUCCAAAUUGUGCUGCGACUCACAUUGCCCUAGCCAACAUGUAUGCUGCCAAAGGAAGGUGGAAGGAGGCAGCAAACACGAGGAAGAUGAUGAGAAUAAAAGGGAUAAUGAAGGAGCCAGGGUGGUCUUGGAUUAAGAUUAAGGAUAGAGUUUCUGCAUUUGUGUCUCGCGAUCAAUCUCAUCCCCUGGGUGAGCAUAUAUAUACCAUGCUUGAUUUACUAGCUUCUGAGGCGACAAUUGAAGAAAACAAUUUAACUUUUGCUGAGUUUUUAUUAUAAUAGUCUGCUCUACAAUCAUUAUAUUCUGUAAAGAUAGUUUAUAAUGAUAGAAGGGCGGCCUAACCACAUGGUUAUUUUUGAAAUGAUAAUGCCAUAGAUACAGCAGAUUAUUUACACGUAUCAUUCUUUUGGUCGGCACCAUUGCCACUUCUUUAAAUGUUAAGGCUACGCAAAACCUAUUCUUUUUAUAUGAUAUGAUGAUCACUUUGUCCGUCAAA